GAAAUGCAGGAUGACAAAGUGUCUACAUGCAGCAGUAGGAACUUUGUAAGAAUUAACUAAAGUAGAAAUAAAGAGCAUGAGGUUUGGUACGCAGCCCUGAAGGUCUGUGUUACACUUCCUGUUUAGAGCAGAGAGUCAGCGCGGUUGGGUGUGGCAUGCGGACACAGACAGGUGUCUCUGCUUCCGUUUGUCUCGUGGAACUCCACGCUGGGUUGAUUGACAGUCAGUGUCUGCUCGGGGCUCACGCGGAAAUAACCUCCGUGAUCACCUUGUGUCGGUUUGACGUUACACACCGGGACCGGGAAACAGGUGGAGCAGAGAUGAAGAGCUGCAGAGCUGCGGGUCUGAUCCUGCUGGUAGCCCUGCUGCUGGGAUUCCUGUACUGGAACCAGAGCAGGGCUGCUGCAGAUGUUUUCCCUGUGAGUCAUGAGUUCCACCUGGAGGCUGAGCAUCUGCAGUACAAACAGCCGAGCAUCUUGCAGGGUCGCAACGACGUCGUGACGGUGACGCCCUGGUUGGCGCCGGUGGUGUGGGAGGGAAGCUUCGACCCGGUUCUCCUUGACGGCAUCUACAGACCGAAGAACAUCAGCAUCACCGCCACCGUGUUCGCUGUGGGAAAGUAUAUCAUGUUCCUGAAGGACUUCCUGGAGACGGCAGAGCAGCACUUCUUCGUUGGUUUCAAUGUGCACGUUUACGUGUUCACCGACCAGCCGAAGGAGGUGCCCCGAGUCCAAAUGGCCGCCGGCAGAAAGCUGACGGUGCGUUCAGUGCUCGACUCGCAGCGCUGGCAGGAGAUCUCCGCCCGCAGGAUGGAGCUGAUCCAGACGCUGAUUGAGGAGCGGCACCGGAACAUCAUGGACUACAUCUUCUGUCUGGACGUGGACUCCAGGUUCCACGGCCGCUGGGGGACGGAGUCUCUGGGCAGGCUGGUGGCGGUGAUACACCCGGGGUACUACAAGGACCCGCGCAGCAGUUUCCCCUAUGAGCGCAGGCCUGUGUCCCGAGCCUACGUGGCCCCCGGGGAGGGGGAUUUCUACUACUGCGGGGGGGCGUUCGGAGGCCUCCUGCAGGAGGUGCACCUGCUGGCCAGGACCUGCCACCGCAACUUCAAGGAGGACGCCAGGAACAACAUCGAGGCCGCCUGGCAGGAGGAGAGCCACCUGAACAGGUACAUGUGGGUCAACAAGCCCAGUAAGGUGCUGUCCCCGGAGUACCUGUGGCAGGACUUCAAACCCAGAAACCCCGAGGUCCACAUCGUCAGGUUCUCUGGAGUCGUGAAGAACUACGCCAAGAUCCGGCCCAACGUCUGAGAUCCUGCUAAGAGCUCAUACCUACCAGCUGUACCAUCUUCAGACAUCUUUUUCAACAACAAACUUCAGGCAUAGUGUAUUGUCUUCACAUUCAGUAUAUUCAGACCACUAUUACUCAGGGAAGAAGCACUUGGAGUGAUUCUUCAGUGUUGUGCAAGAACAAUAAGAGAGUUCUCUUUUGAAUUAGUUAUUGUAACAGUCGUGUACGAAUGUUCAGCAUGCGGUUGGUUCGUUAGCCUCCGUUGGCUGUAAACUUGUAUAUUUAAGGACAGGCUGAAGGUUUUAUUUCCUGUAAACAUUUUUUGAUUCAGCUGCAAAAUAAUUACUGAAAGAUAAUAAUUAAAGAUAAUCGUGCCAAUUAAACCCCAUUAACGGUACAACUGAAUUAAUUGUUUCUUUAAUUUAAGUUUUUUUCUUUUUUUAGUAUUUGUCUAGUUAUAAUGAUUAUCUUGCUAAGUUACGACACACACACUGUUCUACAAUUUUCUUGAAUUUAAGAAUUGUACCUUUUUUUAAUAAAGAAAUAUAAUCCUUACAUUGUUAAACUGAUGCCAAUAAAGUUUAUUGAAUUGA